CAUGCGCGGCCCAAACAGACCUCCGCGCUUUGCCGAUCUGAUCGCCGAUUAUUCUCCUCGUCCAUGAUCGCCGAUCCCCCGCGAUGCCGAACCCGUGGAAGAAGCCCCGGCCCGGCGGAGGCAGAGGCGGCGGCGUAUCUCGGUUACUCGCCGGCAUCAGGCCCCACCGCGGCGGGUCGCUCGUCGUGCAGACCGGCUUCCCUACCUCCCUCGCUGACCUAUUCGUCAAGAACCGCGGCCGCUUGAGGAAGCCCUCCCGGAAGAGGAAACCCCCUUCUGAAUCCGAUUCUGCGGCUUCCGAACCCCCCGCCGUAACGUCUCCUUUGGUCGGUGGCCCUCUGGCCGAGGCAUCCUCUGUCGGCCGACCGAUUCCGGUGGCGGCGGAUGGCUUCCCGUCGUUGCCGGAUUCCAAUGAAACGAAGCACAGGCGCCUCGGGAUUGUGUUUGGCCUUCUUUUCAUAAUGACGUUGGUUUUGGUGGUUCUGGCCAUCGAAAGGAAGAUGCUUGUUGCGGGGUUCACGCUCUCUGCCCUGGCUCUAUGGCUGCUCGAUUCGAUCGGGUAUCGGGCUCUAUGGUUCUCGAAGCCGUGCUCGGAAGCGACGACGAGGUUGAACUCGGUCGUCGGAGGAUGGGAAUUUGAAGGACGAGGAGUGGUUUCUCCUAUCAGGGAAGUUGGGAUUGAUAGCUGUUCGGAUACGGUAAGAUCAGAGAGUAGCUCGCUGGAAUCUAUUGAUUGGAAGCAGGGGACGGAGGUUUUGUUGGAAAGGAAGGAUCUUGCCGGGACAGGGAAGAUUUCCCUCGUGCGUGAUCUUAGUUCUAAGGGCAACUCAAAGGCAAAGAAGCUAUUUAGGAAGUUAAUCCCAAAGAAGCAUCGUGCGCAAAAGCACGGUAAUGAUGAAAAAGAGCUUUCUUUGGAUUUGAGUGGAAGAGGUAGCAUUACAGAAAUAGAAGAGGAGAAUCCGAAAGCGAUCAUUAGAGAUGAUGAAGCAGUGCUUAGUGUUAGAGAUGUUCUAAACAUGAAUGCCUCUGAUAGCGUGACCGAUCAUGACAAACAGGAUGUUGAAUUUAUCCGAGAAAAUGGUCAUGAAAUUAGAUCAAGGAGCUCCCAGCAAUUGGUCUUCUGUGCAGUAGUUCUUCUGGGGCUUUUGGGCGGCAAGAUUGUGGCCCUUGUUCUAACUGUUUCGUGGUUUCUGUUUAGCAAAUCAAUCAAAUCCUUGUUGAAGAAAGAAAGAGAUUUGGUUGUUUGAUUGUACAAUACAAUUUUUUUCCGGUCUCUUAGGUGAUGGGGCUUUUUGUAUAUCAAAUUAUUUCAGCCGUGAAAGCUUAGCAUCAUGUUGGUGACUCAAGCGAAGAUGUAUAUGGUAUUGUACACAAAAGGUGGAAUGAAAAUUCAGAUGUUAAUUACUGCUAA